AUGCGCGACGGCCGCGAUUACUGGCGGCGCUUCGCCUGCGUCGUCUGCAUUGGCGUCGCCACCAUCGCCGCGGUCGCCGUCACCGUGGUCCUCGUCCUCGCCUACGGCCGCGCCGCGCAGCCACCCAGCUUCGACGUCAGCGACGCCUCGCUCACGCACUUCACGCUCAGCACGUCGGCGAACGGCCCCACCAACAUCUCCUACAACCUCACGCUGACGGUCACCGUGCGCAACCCGAACUGGGCCAUGGGCGCCACCUUCCGGUCCCUCGAGGUCGACUACCUCUUCGACGGCCAGCGCUUCGGCCGCGUCGCCGUCGUCGCGGCGCCGGGAUCCGUCGUCCUGCUCGCUGGGGAUACCACCGUGUUCCCCGUCGCCGCUGGCGCCGGCGGCGAGCGGGUGAUGAACCUCAUGAACGGGAACGGCAGCGUUGUGGCGUACAGGAACCAGAGCAUGGCGGGGGCGUUCGACGUCUUGGUGGGCUUCUGCGGCCAGGUGACGUUCAAGCCGCACGCUCUGUGGUGCAGGCUGGAGGUCAGCUGCCCGCUCAAGCUGAAGCUCCCAGCUCGUGACGCCGACGACGGCGCCGCCGCCGUCGACGACAAGAACGCCACCGCCUGCAGGGUGCUUUCGCCGCAGAGCGGGUGCUGA